AUGGCUCCAGUGACAAAAAAAUCUAAGGAAAAUGCUAACAAACGUUCUUCCAAUAGCAAGGCUUCUGCUAAACCAGCUAAGAAGGCUAGAAUUUCAGUGGACUCUUCUGAUGAGGAUGAAUUAGACAAUACUGCCACGGAAGAAGUCUCAUCCAAAGAAGAUGCUUUAGAUGAUGUCAUUUCUGAUGAUGAUGAAGAAGAACAAAAGGAAGAUCUAGAAGAUGAAGACAAAGACGACGACGACAAAACUGAGAACAAUAAAGCCACCGGUGAAAAUGCCAGUUCCCAUGUUGAGCAAAGAAAAUUGUUAAAGGAAAGAAAGAUGCAAAGAAAAGGUGGUUCCGAGGUUCAACAUAUUAAAUCUUUAUGGGAAAGAUUACGUGUAAAGACUCCACCAAUGCCAAGACCUGUGCGUGAAAAACUAUCCAACGAAAUUUGGGAAUUAGCUAAAGAUUGUAUCAGUGAUUUAGUCUUAAAACAUGAUGCUUCUCGUGUUGUUCAAACUUUAGUCAAGUAUUCUUCCAAAGAACGUCGUGACCAAGUUGUCAACGCUUUAAAGGGUAAAUACUAUUUGUUAGCUACUUCAGCUUAUGGUAAAUAUUUACUUGUUAAAUUAUUACAUUAUGGUUCAAAGCAAUCAAGACAACUUAUCAUUGAUGAAUUGCAUGGUACCUUAAGGAAAUUGAUGAGACAUCGUGAAGGUGCUUAUGUUGUCGAAGAUUUAUUUGUAUUGUACGCUACUAACGAACAAAGACAACAAAUGAUCAAAGAAUUUUGGGGUUCUGAAUAUGCUUUUUUCAGAGAGUCCCAUAAAGACUUAACUAUUGAAGAAGUUUGUGAAUCUAGUACUGAAAAGAGAAAUAUUAUUGCCAGAAAUUUAAUUACAACAAUUACUGCCUCUGUAGAAAAAGGUUCCACUGGUUUCCAAAUUUUACAUGCUGCAAUGAGAGAAUACGUUAAAAUUGCAAGUGAGAAAGAAAUCACUGAAUUCAUUGAAUUAUUACAAGAACAGUUAGCUGAGUUAGUUCACACACCAGAAGGUGCUGAUGUUGCAUGUACUUUGAUUGCUAAAGCUAAUGCUAAGGAGAGAAAGGCACUAAUCAAAAACUUAAAAAAUCAUGCUGAUAAAUUAAUUAAAAAUGAACAUGGUAACAUGGUUUUUAUCACUCUUCUGUUAACAGUUGAUGAUACCGUUUUGGUAUUCAAAUCUUUUGGACCAUCCAUCAAAGAAAUAUUCUCAGAACUGGUAAUUGAUAAAUUUGGAAGAAGACCUUUACUAUAUAUCCUUCUAGGUUUAGAUGGCAGAUUUUUUUCCCCAAUUUUAAAGAAGGAAUUAGAAAGAUAUAUUAAAAUGUCAGAAGCUACUUCCAAGAAGCCUAUCGAUACUAAAAGAGCUGAGUUACUAAAUAAAUUUGCUCCAUUAUUUGUAAGUUCUGUUUCUAAAAGUUCUGCUGAAAUUUUAACCGAAAACUUAGGUAGUCAAUUUAUUUCUGAACUUUUAUUAAAUGAUGAUCUAUACGAACAAUUAAGUGAAAAGGAAAUCAAGAAUUUCAACAGUAUUAUAGAAAAUAUUAUGAUUACAUUUAAAGGUGACAUAAUUGAAGAAGAUCAUCCAAUCCACAGACCAUUUUCUACUAGAUUAUUAAGAGGUUUAAUUCAAGGUGGUAAAUGGAACAAUAAAGAAAAGCAAAUAAUUCCAUUAUCAAACGUUGAAGGUUUAGGUACUCCAUUCGCUGCGAAAUUCUAUGAUGACAUUAUUGAUUCUUCCAACCUAUUGGAUUGGAUAAACAAUAGAGAUAGCGCUUUCACUAUCGUUGCAAUCUAUGAAACUUUAAGCAAGAGUAAAAAUGAGGGUAAGCAAUUUUUAACCGAUCUAAAGAGUGUUUUGAAGAAUGUCGAAGCAGAUGAAUCUAAUAAAGGUGCUCAAUUAUUAAUAAAAUUAGCCAAAUAG